UGUCUCCCAAAUUAUUAAAGAAUGAGGAACACUUCAAUCUCCAUGUUAGACCAAAAAAAGAGAAGCGUUCAGAACAACCAAAAGCAAUUGUCUGGGAGGCUAAUGCAGUACAAGAUUCAGAUUUACUAGAGUUACCGAUGGAUCCAAAAGGAUAUCUAUAUUCACAUAUAGUUAUUGAUGUUUCAACCCGGGAUUUGGAUGGAAAUCCACUCAAAAGUAAAGAUGCCAAAACAGUACUAGAUUCAUUCAAAAGUAUUUAUGAACGAGGUCAUGUAAAACUUCCUACUUUCAGAAUAAAUACCGAUACUGGAAAAGAAUUCAAUAAUCAUUUAUUCCGAAACUUUUUCACAAAGGAAGUUAAAGUGCUAACAAAAUUUGGAUUUCCCGGAAAACAUAGACAGCAAUGCUUUGCAGAAAA